AUGUGAAACACACUUGAAACAGAUUGUUUUGAAAUGUCCCGUUUCAACAUCUGACGAGAAUUUUCAUUGUUCCUUUUUUCCCUCAUUUUAGUCAUGUUUGCCAGGAAAUAUCUCAUGAAAUCCCUCUCCUUCUGCGGAAGUGCUGUGAAAUACGUCUGUAUAGCCCAUUGUACCUUCACAUACGUCUUCGACUUUGUUUUUUGCUCUGGACCCUCCAUGGAGCCCACAAUAUACUCCGGAGAUGUUCUGCUGACUGAGAGAAUAAGCUGUCGGAGGAAUCGCAUUGACCGUGGUGAUGUAAUAACGGCAAUUUCUCCCAAUCAGCCCAGCAAAAUCAUCUGCAAAAGGGUUUUUGCCAUUUCCGGAGACAGAAUCCUCGCUGGAAUGCCCGGAGACCACAAAGAUUCAUCUAGUGUUAAUGUAUCAGCCCUUACUGAUCGCAAUGUUGCUCUAUCUCAAGCUGAACUGGAUAAAAUUGAAUACUUGAAGACCAGGAGAAAGAGAAUAAUCAUCCCACGAGGACAUGUCUGGCUAGAGGGAGACAACAAAGACAAUAGUGCGGAUUCCCGUUACUACGGAGCCAUCCCUCAAGGUCUCAUCAAAAGUCGAGCUGUAGCCAGAGUCUGGCCCCUUAGCGAAAUUACCAUUCUGUCUCAAUAAAUCCAAGCAUUAUUAAAUCUC